AUGACAACGACAAACGAAAAAUUUCGUAAAAACCUUUAUGAUGAAAUUAUUAUAAAACAAAUAAGUCGAAAUAAUGAUCCCACGACGGCAUAUCAAUGUACUUCAAUAUUAUAUAAAAUUGUUAAUAAUAUUAUUUUAUCACCAAGAGAUGAAGUUAAACGUAAAUUAAAAGAAGAAAAUAAAAUAUUCAAAGCAAAUGUUAAAGAUAUUAGUGGAGGUUUGGAGUUUUUAAUCGAACUAGGAUUUGUUUCAAAAGUGGUUGAUUUUAAAAAAUAUUAUAUAUUAUAUAUUCCGAAUGAUCAAGUAAAAUUAAAUAAUCAAUUGGAAAAAUUAGAAAUUGCCGUCGAUUUACUAAAAAACUUUAUGGAAAAAAUCAAAGAAACAAGUGAAGCUAAAGAGAAAAUGAAAGCAAAGGAAAAGAUGGCGGAAGAAUCAAGAAAAAAGAUAGCAUUACAAGCGAUUGAAGAGGAUAGAGAAAAAAGAAUCAAAGAGAGAGAGAGACAGCAAUUUAGACAAAGAGAAAAGGAAAGGCAAUUGGAAGAACAAAAAGAAUCGAUGGAAAAAGAAAAAUUGAAAGAAAAUGAAUUGUUACCAUUGGAAGAAGAAGAUGUAAAAAUUAGAGAAUUUUGA